AUGCGAGUAUUUCCAUCCAUGGAGACGCCAUCAAUGACCCCAAUGUGGCAUAAAUUAUACGAAAUCCAUACAAGAAUUUCAAAGAAAGCGACAAGGUAUCUAUUAGAGCGUGUAUCUACUUUAUCGUGGCGUCAAAACUCCAUACAGGACGUUACCAAGCAUUUUCAUAGUGCCACGAAUUACGUGACAGCUGUGAGUGUAAAAGCUCAUGGACGUUUAUCCAUUGGAAGACCACAUUUUGGAUCACAGCUCGAGAAAUUAACGAGAAUUGACGAGUUGGAAUUAUUGGACGUAUUAGGUCGAGGUACAUUUGGAACGGUUCAACUCGCAAGACAUUUGGAUACGGGAGCAACGGUGGCUGUGAAGAUACUUCCACGACAUUUGGUGCUUGAGUUGCAGCAAGAGAAGAACGUCCUGAGAGAACAGAAGACACAUAUCGGACUGAAUCAUCCGUUUAUUGCUACAUUAUAUGCUACUUUUCAAGACAAUGUAGCAGUGUACUUUGUGCUGGAAUUCUGUCCUGGAGGAGAAAUUUAUAGUCUUGUGUAUACACAUGACGAUGGACAUUUUGAAGAAAGUGAAGAUUUUCAAGAUGAGUUGGAUGAGGAAGAGAGAAGGAGAUUGAGUGGUAGACAGAUACAAGAUCAACAGGAAACGUCAGAUUCUAUGACAACCGAGUCGGAGUCCGAUGAAGAGCAGACGCGACAAUACCGUCGACUUAGUGUUGCAAUGGGUCGUAAUAGCUUGACGCUGGAAAAUUUUAUGGCCAAACAAAAUCUCAGAAGCUCUCAUGGAGGACUUCAUGAAUGUGAUGUGGCAUUUUACACUGCAUGUUUGGUGUCAGCACUCGAGUAUUUGCACGGACGAGGUAUCUUGUAUCGAGAUUUGAAGCUGGAAAAUCUUGUACUGGAUGCAGAUGGAUAUCCAAAGCUUAUUGACUUUGGACUGGCUAAGCCAAAUGCAAGGUGGACGUCUGAACGCAAUUCAACCAUGUGUGGAAGUGCAGAGUACAUGGCGCCUGAGAUAUUGCAGCACAAGCCAUACGACCAGAGAGUGGAUUUGUGGUCCUUUGGCAUUCUUUUUUAUGAAAUGCUCUUUGGAAGAACGCCAUUCUACCAUGCAAACCACCGAGAGCAAGGUCGCCGCAUCAUUUCGGAGCCUGUUCAGUUCCCGAUUGACUACGAGCAUGGUCAUUCCAGUGUGUGUUCUCUGAUUGAAAAACUGCUUGAGAAAGACCCUGCAGUGCGACUUGCGUCGUUCGGAGAAGUGCGAAGUACCACUUUCUUUCGCAGCUACUUCCCGUCGACACAGGGCUGGCAACAACUAGAGGCCCGGCAGGUACAGGCUCCAUUCGUUCCCAGACUGGACGGCCUAUUCGACACGAGCCUUUUUGUACGUGUUGAGGACGACAAUGAGCAUGGCUACGGUAGUGAUGCCGACUCAGACUUUGGGUACUAA